AUGCAAAUCACACUCUUUGAAUUCGCCAUUUGUUCAUUGUUCCAAAUAUUUUGCACCCAAUCUAGUUCACGUGACACGUCCGAAAAUAUUUUCACUAUUUCGCUAGACCUCCAAAGCUCCAGACCCCAAAUCUCCACAAACAUGGCCUCUGUAAUUGUCGUAGAAAACGACUUGAAGGACUCCGUGAAUGAGUACAGCCAGAUCAUCGAUGGCGUGCAUCAAAACACCGAGUUCUCGGCGUCUUUAUCUGCCUUUCUCCCUGAGGGCUCUGCAACAGUAACCAACCCAACUGAGUUGGCCUCAGCCAUCUUCGCUGCUUCCACCAAGGAGACCUUGACUUCUUUGAGUGACAAGGAGUUCGAGCCCGCAUUUUACUUGCUUGUGUUCCUCUUGACUAAGCUCGAGAACCAGACCAUCGAGCAGCUCACAACCCAAGACUCCAAGAUCAUUUCUCUCUUGAAGUCUUGUACCCCAACAGAGCAACCAUCGUUGAGAGACAGAAGAUCGCUUAAACCCACCACCAUCUUAUCUAUUUUCAACACCUUGUUCAACUUGUUGCCUGCUUCUUCCUCCAACAGAAUCCAGCUCAUUAAUAGUAUCUUGGCUGUUGUUGCCGAGACCAACACCAGUUUUGCAUUCAUCCAAUCUUCCAUUGGUCACAGUUUGGUCUCUUGGUUGAAGGAUGCUGGCGCUUCAGAGGCUGAGAUCAAACAGAUCUUCUGGUUCUUCAUCACUUUGGAUACUGAGUUCACCUUGGAGUCUCUCCAAUUAAUCAAAACCUUCACUACUCAAUUCCAAUUGUCCAUCGAGGAAUUGCGUACUUUGAUUACAUUUGCUUUGUCUUCAUCUGUGGUCGACGUGUCUUUCUUGGUCAACAACAACGUAGCUACUGCUUUGAGCCAAAACUCCUCCGACGAAUUGGUCCAAACCUUUGUGCAAUACACUCACAGUGACUUGAUCUCUACUGUGCCAGAAUCUUUGCCGGAAAGCAUCAAGCACAAAUCUAAGAUCUUGUGUUUGGCCAAGUUUUUUGUCGAGAACGGAACUAAGGAAAACAACAACACCUUCAAGUACAGCGACAUUCCUAGCGCAUUGGCAUCCUCGCCUGCUGACUUUGAGAAGCUUUUGGUCGACUCUAUCAAGGCUGGCGUUAUUGAGGGUAAAUUGAACCAAGUCGAGGAAACCUUCUUUUCUAUCAGAACUAACAGAUGCAUCUUGGCCGGUGACGACAACAAGCUCGCACAAGAUUGGGAUACAGUCAAGGCUGCCCUCAUGGAGUGGAAGCACUCUUUGGAGAAUAUCAACGAGGUUGUGCUCAAUGCGAAGGAGAACAUUGUCAACAACAACAACGCCAACUAA